AUGCAUUCUGAACUCGUUCCCGCCCUCGGAUUCCUGGCCGGCCUGCUAGCCACUGCCAGACCGGUAUCGGCUCGGCCGGACAUCUACGCCCGCUCACAGCAAAUCCGACAAGAACAUGCCCAAGAAUGCGCCGAAGACCUAGCAGACGUCUUAGAUAACGCGCCGACAAUGUCAAUGUCUUGGGGGGCGACGGCGUGCGAUUACGUGUCUACCCUCUCAGGCUUGGAAUUAUCCGUUACGUACGCGUCUUUCAGGAGUCGGAUGUCUUCUUGGUACCUCGACGACCUCGACGACAUCACCAAGGUAGAAGCCAGCUGCACGCAGUAUGCCUCGAUAUUUAGCCAGAUUCGGAAUUGUUACGUAACCGGAGCCGUCCCAACCGCCGCUAUAUCUACAACACCAACAUUAUCUUCAACUGCAGUUACUACUACUAGCACAGGGGCUGGAGGCAUUACUACGGCUACAGUCACGACUACAUCUACCCCUGACAGCGGACGCGGUAUGGAUGAUGGCGCGAAAGCUGGACUUGCCAUUGGUAUCAUUCUCGCUAUUCUUCUUCUGAUGUUCAUCGGGUACAAGUUCUCUAUGAAAUAUCGUCAAAAGAAGUUAGCCGACGCCGCAGCUAUGGCAGCAAAUGGCAACACUGGACCAAGGAUGGGAGCCGCCGCCGCCACCGCUGGUGGAGCAAUGGGCGCCGCUGCUAUGGAAAUCACCAAGUCUCGAGCACAGCAAAGCGAGGUGUUUGCCUUCAAGCCAGAACUCAGCGGGGAAUCGAGACCAACGUUCGAACUCGACCCACGAUCUAUAUCAGAGCUGGACCCGGCAGCCGCCGUUGCGGCCCGCGGCGGGGCCACCGGCGUGCACCGAUAUGUCGCAGAGCUGGACCCGGACCCUCCGACCGAGCUGAGCGAGCUGCCAGCUGAUAAUUACGAUCCAACGGCGGCGAAGAACUCGCCUCCGCCGGCGUACGUUUCUCCGGUGGCUGAUACCGGGACUUGGAAUGCGCUCCCCUCGGCUGUGUCGCCGGUAUCUCCAGACUCAAGUACAAUGCAAUCGCAAGGGCCGGGGGUACCGACAAUUCCCGAAGCCGACGUCUCGCAUGGCGCUGAUGGUGGUAGUACGGGGGUAGCGGACGGUGUUCCAACAAAGCCAAACGAAACAGUACAACAUGGAUGGGGCCGAGGGUGGAUGCGGAGGGCGUAG